AAACAAACUCACCUACUGUCUAAAUAUAGCUUUCAAGUUACUUCAGCAGGAAAUAUGGUUGCUUUCACAUAAUUUAAUUUCCUUACUCACAAGCAACAUUUGCUCAAACACCACAAGCAACAUUUUGCAUAAAUAGUGUCUUUAUUCACUCAACAUGAUUCACUCACUUCCUAAAAGGCUAAAACAUUCUACAUUCUAAAUCUUGCAACUGAUCUGCAAGAACACUGCAAUAUGGAGAAAGGCAACAAGAGGGCUCUUCUAGUGGGGUGCAACUAUCCCAACACGCCUAACGAGCUGCACGGCUGCCACAACGACGUUCUAGCCAUGCAUGAGGUGCUCAUAACUAGGUUCGGGUUCGACCCAGAUCAUGUUGAGAUUCUCACAGAUAAGCCUGACAGCCCUGUCAUGCCCACCGGUGCCAACAUCAAGAAGGCACUGAACGGUAUGGUUGAUCGGGCUGAAGAAGGCGACAUCUUGUUCUUUCACUACUCGGGCCACGGGACUUUGAUCAAACAACCUCACUAUUCAUCCAAGAAAGAGGAAGCUAUUGUACCCUGUGACUUCAAUCUCAUCACCAGUAUGGACUUCAGGCAGCUCGUGAAUCGCAUUCCAAAAGGAGCAACUUUCACCAUCCUCUCCGAUUCUUGCCAUAGCGGCGGCCUAAUCGACAAAGAGACGGAACAGAUAGGCCCUUCUGCCUCCUCAGAUGGCACCGUUGCAUCAGAAUACCACAAGCUGAAAGAGAUCCCUUUCCAAUCAAUACUGCAGUAUUUCAUAUCUUUAACCUGCAAAAUCAGCACAGACAUAGGCACACAUUUGGUGGAGGUGUUUGGAGCUGAUGCCAGCCUCAUGUUUCACCACGAGGGCGAGCCGCCCAUCAGCAAGCCACUAAAGCCGGAUGAAGGGAUCCUGCUCAGUGGCUGUCAAACAAACGAGACGUCUGCAGACGUGGAGAUAAUGGAAAAUGGAAGGAAACCCUGUGGAGCAUUUACAAAUGCUGUUCAAAUGGUGUUGAAUGAGAAUCCUGGCCCUUUAAGCAACAGAGAAAUCGUGGUGCUAGCUAGAAGGAUUCUGGUGCAGCAGCAUUUCACCAAACAGCAUCCAUGCCUAUACUGCAGCGAUGAAAAUGCCGAUAAAAUUUUCUUGAGCUCACCACAGAAACCAUGUCCAAAAUAAAGCACGUAAAAUCAUACCGUGAAGUCUUCAUUCCAUAGCGGAAAGAUAAUAAAAUCCCUGCGCAAGAAGUGAUUUCAAGAGCACAUUCUCCUCAUAAAGAAUCAAUUCCUAAAAGUUAUAUGUAAUGAGUGGCAUGAAACAGAGCAUAAAUGUGAAAAAAGAAAAAAGGGCAAAAGGAAUGCUGCAACAUAUUAUCUUAUUUGAAUACUCUCACCUUGAUAAUCGAAUCUUAUUUGAAUGCACAAAGAAA